GCGCCGGCUCCGCCCCCGUCGGGUGUUUGUGGUGGGGCUGCGGAGUCGCCGAUCCCGCCGGAAGCGCCAGGACAAUGGGGACCCGGGACGACGAGUAUGACUACCUAUUCAAAGUGGUGCUCAUCGGGGAUUCCGGUGUGGGCAAGAGCAACCUGCUGUCUCGCUUCACCCGCAACGAGUUCAACCUGGAGAGUAAGAGCACCAUCGGCGUGGAGUUCGCCACCCGCAGCAUCCAGGUGGAUGGCAAGACCAUCAAGGCGCAGAUCUGGGACACAGCUGGCCAGGAGCGCUACCGCGCCAUCACCUCCGCGUACUACCGCGGGGCCGUGGGCGCGCUGCUGGUCUAUGACAUUGCCAAGCAUCUGACCUAUGAGAAUGUGGAGCGCUGGCUGAAAGAGCUACGGGAUCAUGCAGACAGCAACAUCGUCAUCAUGCUGGUGGGCAACAAGAGCGACCUGCGCCACCUGCGGGCCGUGCCCACCGACGAGGCCCGCGCCUUCGCAGAAAAGAACAACCUGUCCUUCAUUGAGACCUCAGCCUUGGAUUCCACCAACGUAGAGGAAGCCUUCAAGAACAUCCUCACAGAAAUCUACCGCAUCGUGUCACAGAAGCAGAUCGCCGACCGCGCGGCCCAUGACGAGUCCCCUGGCAACAACGUGGUGGACAUCAGCGUGCCCCCCACGACCGACGGACAGAAACCCAACAAGCUGCAGUGCUGCCAGAACCUGUGACGGCCCACGGCCCGCGCGUGCACGUCCCUCCUCGCCUGCGCCCCACGGCCCUCCCGGCUCAGCGCCCGAGCGCCCGCUCCCGACGCCGGGAAGGGCGGAGCCCUCGUCCGAGCGCCAGCGUCCUGGUCCCGGCGGACUCUAGGGGCCCUCGGCGGCCCGGCCCGCGACGCACGCGCACCGCCCUCACCCGCUGCAGGCUGCGGGGAGAAGAUCCCGCCCGCCCGCCCCGCACGCAGCGCCCCCGUCUUGUCGCCCCAUCUGGUCAGGAACCUGUUUGCAAGUGAAGCAAUAUCUCCGUGUUUUGUAUAUACAACCGCUCUUGUAGCCUUUGGUUUUUGUUAUUGUAGAGAAACACAGAUUCUUUAUACACUUUGUAAGAUUUACGCCAAACCCCAGCUCUCGAUCUCUUAUUCUCCCUGUGGCCCCGCACUGUUGCCCGUGACUAAAGUGUAUCAGCCGACUUCCUGGA